GCCACGUCUGAAAAUACAGAACCGGAACAGAGACCACCGCCCGGAAGCACGAGCACAAUCUCCUGAAGAACUCUUGCUCUGAGGCAAAAUGUCCGAAACACAAUGCGUACUAGUCAAAACUGUGGACGUCCCCCGUCCGCCCCUGAGGGAGAAAACCUGUCAAGUCAGGGAUCAGCUGCCGCUGGAGCAGAGAGUGUCUGAAUGUGGGUCCAUGUCCAGUAAACUGGCCCACCAACCACAGUCCACUGUUCAGCUGGACGCCACAGACCCGGUACCACCAUCUAAUGAUUGCGGCUGGCGUAAGGAGGCACUGCAGCAGCUGGCUAGGGUUCUUCCAGGUGUGGAGAGCCGAGUGACUGGCGUCGAUCGCUGGAAAUACUUUCAACGCCCUCUGACUUCCUGUGCACAGCAGCUUCCCAGAGAAGACUUUGUGACCGCUGCUGGACAGAAUGCGGGCCUACAGCCCGCACACCUCAGUGUGGGGGUCCAGACGGACUACAGGGAGAGUGAAACACAGACGGACCCAUACAGCCCCGAGUACGUGCUUCGACCUGGGACGACUCCGCCUGAGCUCCUGCUGCUGGCACCUUUGACUUUGGGUCGAGGUCUACCCGGAGGCCUGGCAGAGGUGGAGAUGAUAGAGCGGGCGCGAGCCAAACGAUCUUGGGAGGCCAGUCUUCCUCCGCUCGAUGACCCGAGUCAGCGGCACAAGAGGUGGCGAAUGAUGGAGGAGAUGGAGGCCGAAGAGUGGGCGUACAGAGACGGACAGAUCCAGAAGUUACAAGACGCCCGUCUGGCUUUGCUGACGGAUCUGCUGAGGCAGAGAGACGAGGCCCAGGAACAAGUCACAGACGAGAGACUGGACCAUAUAUAUUCUAAGCAUCAGACGGACCGAGAGACCAAGCUACACAAGAUCCACAAAGACUACAUCAGGUCUGUGAGAAAACUGGAAGCUGAGAGAAGAAACAUGGAGGCGACGUUGAAGCAACGUGGUUUCGCCAAAGACUCUCCGACGUUUGCCCCUCGGAGCUGCAGGGGCGUGUUCGCCAGGAGCGUUCGCAGCAACGACUUAACAACCAAGUACUUAGAAACAUACGAAGGCUUGUCAGAACUAGAGGCAGGUCUCUCUGCCUCAGUCCGCAAGCCAAGAAUGAACAGACCCAAACCUAAAGACAACAUCAUCAAGGAGAGAAUCCAGCCCCCUGCGAGCAGAGUGCUACAACGGUUGGAGAAAUACGAGGCCCUGAGGAAGAAGAAGGAGAAAGAGGAGGCGUACUUGCGUUACCUUGCCAGGAAGCAGCGGCCUGUUCCUCGUCCCGUCACUCCCCGAGUGGAGGAGCCGCUGGAGGGGGACGAGGAGAUGGAGCUCGCAGUCAUCCACCUGCAGAGACUGCUGAGAGGAAGAAGCGUCCAGUGCGAGAUGUUUGAGGGCAAGGAAAACCACCUGGACUUAAUCCAGGAGCUGAGGACCGUCCACGCUCUGCAGAGGGAAGAGCAGGAGCUGCAAGGAGCAGACCGACGAGUCGUGAUCGCCCUGAAGAAACAGAGAGACGACCACCGACACGAGGCCUCUCAAGAGGAGGCCUCCCGGGCCGGAGUGGUGGGCGUCGAGCUGGAAAGCCUGUUCGACACCUUGUCCAAGGAGUUGAUCCGUCUGCAGGAGGAGCGCAGGAUCCACGCCUUCACACUACUGGCCGAGAGAGAGCGCCGCCUUCGAGAGGCCGAGGAGAGCGGGAGGAGGCAGGUGGAGGAGCGCAAACGCAGAGAAGAGGAAGAGAUCUACAGACAAGUGGUGCAGAUACACCAGGAGACGGUGGAGUUGUAUCUGGAGGACGUCAUCUUGGGGACGGUGGAGCAGACAGCUGACCAGCAGGCCAGAGAGGAGAUCCGCAAGAGGGCGAAGGAGAUUAACGACAUCGUUUACGCCAUGGACGAAAGCCGGGACGAUCUUCAGUCAGAGGAGAUUGUGUCAGAGUUGGUCUACAGUUUCCUCAUCCCAGAGGUGGAGAAGAUCCGCGUCAGGCGAAGAGUUCACUCCAGGCAGCAGAGACACUUGCAGGCAGCUCGGAGCCUCAUUCAUGAUUCUGCAGAGCGUUGUGGGAUUCCUCCCUCGUCUCCUGCUUCGCCUCCAGGAGAUGAUCCACCAAGCAGAGCGGCACCUCAGUCAGACUGAGUGAAGGAGGAUUCAAGAUAUAAAACAUGUCCUGAGAUGC